AUGGUGGAAAGAGAUGCCCUCCGUCCCAGCGGUGACCGGCGUGCUCCUACGGCAGCAAACACGUCGGCGAUGGGUGCCGGCCUCGCUGGGACGAGAGUUCCAAACCACCAAGUGAGCUCGGCACUCGCCAUGGCUAGUCUCGAGCUCGAGUACCUCUCGGCGUCGUUUAUGGUGGACGCCGCUGACUUCUUCGAUGCUUGUCGACCGUCCUGGAAGUGGCCCAACCUGACAUCGCUCGCACUGACUUCACAACUGCUCACGCCCGAUAGGCAUUGGGCCGCCAUGAUCGACAAGAUGCUCCAGGCAGCGGCAGCAGCGGGCAUAGAAAUGCCAAGACUCGAGACAAUGGAGAUAUGGAACGGAGGAGAGGGGCUGGCGGCGCUCUUUAGAUACCAGUCAGGCAGAUGUAGCAGCAUAUACUGGACGUGUUGAAAUAUGCCCAAAAGCUGUAUUUUAGGACCCUGAGAUCUGAGAGCCCGGCCAGGGCGAUGCGGCGGGAAAUUCCAGAGGUCCUAUCACGGCUUGAUAGAGAGCAUAUUCAGGCAGGACGCUGGGUGCCCCUGAAUUUGCGAGGGCGCGGCCCCACACAAGGGAGAAGGGGCGCGGCUGAGCCCAUUGUCCAAUGAGCAUCGGCUGCGGGUCUUGCCCUUCUUACUCUUGCACGACAACGCAGAGGUGGUGGACUGGUUGGCC